AUGUUGCUAACCCCGAUUAUUGCGACAGCGCUGUGGGCGAAGAGGCUCGAUGCCGCUGCUGUAUUGCGAUUUGGAUGCUCGCAGAUCGCGAUUGAGCGUGUUGACCCUCUCGUCAAUCCCGGAGUAGUUCCUUCUCCCCAUGUUCAUCAAAUUGUUGGCGGCAACGCCUUCGCCGCCACCAUUCCCAGCACCGACGUUUCGCAGCUCGCAAACUGCACUAGCUGCACCUUCAGCGAGGACCUUUCGAACUAUUGGACCGCAAACAUGUACUUUCGCGCGCGCAACGGGUCCUACAAGCGCGUGCCCCAGAUCCCGAAUCGGUACCUUGAUGGUGCCAAAGGUGGCAUUACUGUAUAUUAUACCAGUCCAUAUGACGGAGGAAAAGUCACUGCUUUCAAGCCGGGUUUCCGUAUGCUAGCCGGAGACGCGGCUCAGCGCACCAAAGGCGGUAUCACCAAAUGGAAUGCUAUCUGCUUCCGAUGUUAUAAUGCGAAGAAUUUCGGGGGCGAUACGGGCGCGCCUUGCUCGGAUAGCAAGGUCGAUAGUGUGGAGUUGCCGAAUAAGCCGUGUCCCGGUGGUAUUCGUACGACGAUUCGGUUUCCGACCUGCUGGGACGGAAAGAGCCUCGAUAGCCCCGAUCAUCAGAGCCACGUCUCUUAUCCUGCGUCGGGGACUUUCGAGAGCAGCGGACCCUGUCCUUCCACACAUCCAGUCCGCCUCCCUCAGCUAAUGUAUGAGGUUAUCUGGGAUACGACGGCAUUUAAUGAUAAAUCGCUAUGGCCUGCUGAUGGGAAGCAGCCGUUCGUAUUCAGCCAGGGCGACGAUACGGGCUACGGACAACACGGCGACUAUAUCUUCGGCUGGAAGGGCGACGCUCUCCAAAAGGCGAUGGAAGGCAGCUGCUUUGGCGCGACAUGCAAUACACUCAAGAGUCAGAGCUAUACGGAGGCGAAUAAGUGCACCGUGAAACGAGAGACUGAUGAGGAUGUCGAUGGCUGGCUGCAGAAAAUUCCAGGAGGCAUGAGCGGGUAGAACCGCGGAACCCUUGACAGGACAGCUUGGCUGAGAAUAUACCGCAUUUGACUGGGUCGGGAGGAUUGACCAAGCAUCCCCCCGUCAUGGGUUGGAGUGGCGGUUGUCGGUCAAUAUUUGCAGUU